GAGAGAGAGGGAGAGAGGGAGGACCAGGCAGACGUCCGUUAGCAGUUUAGUCGCCAGCCACUCGGCUGAAAAUACGGAAACAUUCAACUUAAUUUCUAACGGACGGAACCAGGCAAUUCAACUAGUUGGCGCCUCGCGACAUUUUGGCAACGUUAAAACUACAUUUUAGCGAGGUUAAAACUACAUGUGACGGCUGUACCGACACUUCUCCGGUACGCCGAUAGAUAGCUUAGAUAGAUUUCGGAGGAAGAGGAGGAGAGAGCCGAGACAGGAGGAGGACUGACGGACCGGAGGGGAAGGAGAGGAGGCUGGAGAGAAAAGAGAAAAAAGGGAGGAUUUUGGGGUGGGAGUUUGAUGUGUUUUUUUUUUUAGUCUCCUCUCCUCUCCUCUCCUCUCCUUCUUCCGAUCGCUUUCUCGUCUCCAGCCUCCUCCUGUCUUCCUCUUCUGGAGCAUUAAUGUCUGAUUUGAGGAGGCUUUAAAUGUUGAACUUGAUGGGUGUUUUUAACGCCACCGCCGCAAAUGUCUCGUGUACUUGUAACUGCAAGCGCUUCACCUCCCUCCAGAGCAUGGAAAUCACCCAACUGGAGUUCGUCCAGAUCCUGGUGAUCGUGGUGGUCAUGAUGGUGAUGGUGGUGGUCAUCACCUGUCUGCUGAACCACUACCGCCUAUCAGCACGCUCGCUCCUCUCCAGACACGCCCCCACACGCAGGAGACACCUGCCAUUGGCCAACGAGGCAGGCCUGUGGUCUUCUGAGGCAACAGGGACAACCAGUGGUCUUAAUGAGCACCAGGUGUAUAACCCCCGGCCUCCGGACCGAGGGGUCCCCUCGUCCUACCUGCAGCGGGAGCCCCAGCACGCCCAGCCCCCGCCCCCGCUCCCCUCCCAGCGCUUCCAGCACACGUACGCCCCGAGUCGCUUCCAGCCGACGUAUCCCUACCUGCCCCAGAGUCUCAUCGAUCUCCCCCCCACCAUCUGCCUCUCGGACGGAGAGGAGCCCCCGCCGUACCAGGGCCUCUGCACCCUGCAGCUUCGAGACCCGGAGCAACAGAUGGAGCUGAACCGCGAGUCGGUCAGAGCACCGCCCAACCGAACAGUGUUCGACUCCCACUCCCUCAACCCUUCCAGCUCCUGUCCGCAGGCCAGUCUGCAGGCCCCUCCCCCGAGUGUCCAUUCAGGCGUCAGUGUGUUAGAAGCCCAGGAGGCCUUGUCCCGGCAUCAGAAGCAGGGCUCUCGGGUAGAAGGAGCGCCCCCGACCUACAGCGAGGUGAUCGGGCACUACUACCACCCGACGUCCCUGACCCCCAGCCACAACCAUCGGACUGUAUCGCCCUUGCUAGCGCCCCCGUCCUCAUUCGUGCACGGCCUGCUCCGACCUCCACCGCAGCAGCAAGGAAGUGUGGACAACAGGAAUGCAAGGAACACAAAGGAGAAAUCCCAGAAGCCCCAGCAGGUGUGACAGUACCGCUUCCUUAUUCCUAGCCCACGAGGGGGGAGGGGGGACCAGGAUUCUUUUGUCCGCUCACCACUUAAAAAUCCACUCUGAAUGGUUUAAGGGCUGAUUCUCGUUAGUUGUAGUUGUAGCUGACAUGUUGUCAGUUCCAUCAGUUUCCCCACUUCACGGAUCGGGCUAGGACUGAAAAAGCAGCAGCAGCAGCCGCCGGCUCCCCAUUAGGUAAGAACACCUGGAAAACCACAUCACUCCUGCAAAGCACAGUUGCAUGAGGACAUCUGGUACUUCCUGUUCCACACCUUCUUAUUUCCUGUCUGAGGAGCUCUUCAGAUGAACCAACGAUGUCAGAGACGAAGGGCAGAAGGUGCAAAAGAGAAGGGUGGAUACAGAAGCCUCCUUCUUCCCUUAAACAACUCCACAUCAUCCCUCUUCCAUCAGACUGAUCCUCGUUCGUUAUAAAUAUUUACUCGUUCUGUUUGUUUGUUGUUUGUUCGUCCUUUUUUCGCGCUUACAAAAAAUCUUUCUAUCCGGGCAAAUGGCGAAAUGUUGCAAUCUUGUUGUUUUCUUCCAGGUUUUGCUCUCUAUUGAUAAUCCCCCUUGCUGCUUUGACGUCAUUUAGUCGGGUUGCAAGUUUACGACUGCACAGUAACCAAUGUUGGCAGUGACUCCUGCAUCAGGCUUUAGCUGUGUCACUGGGACACGUUAGCACAGUAGGCACAUUUCCAGACAGACAUUAGAUAGCGGCAUCUUAAACUAGCUUACCAGUCGUAGCACAGUGCUACAGGAAAAGUCCUCGAGCCAAACGUUCUGCCUUAUAUCGACCAACCAAUGCAGGACUUGUCGCUAAAAUCCUUUUUUAGUUGUAGUUUUCUAAAGAAGGUUUGCACGAAGUUCUUCACCACAGAAAAAGAAAGAAAUUCGCAAUAUGAUUGAUGAGAGAGAAAACCGAAAGUCUGGGUAUUUUUCUAAACUUGAUAGAUUCUUAUGAGUAAAGACGGUGUUGUUUUUUUUGGUGUUUUUUACAUGUUGUCUAGUUUUUAGAAAAAGAAACAUCAUUAAUCUGUUGGUGUGCCAACUUUCACGUUGAACAUUUUUGCUACAUACGUGUUGGCAUGUAUUACAUUUUGAGUAUAUACACACACAUCGAGAGCGAAAUUAAAAGCACGAGUUUAGAGUUAUUUAUAUAAUUGCUGAAAAGAAUUGCACUAUUUUUUUAGUAUGCGCAGAUGGUGCGUGUGAGAGAGACGUUUUAUUGUGAAGGAGCUCUGUCUAUUGAGGCGUGACCAGAACGAGAGACCUGAAACCACAGGGGCUCACCGGAGGGCCGGACCCAGCUCAGUGCACAGCAGCCAGUAUCACGACAACAUAUCAUGGGCAGAUUCUGACUUGGGUUCAACGGACUCGGAUCUACCAUUGAACAAAAAAAACUAAACAAAUCCCUCACUUAUGCAAAUGUCCGAGUCCUUCCUGCGAGCCAACCACAAGUCAGUAUUUAAACCUGUAGGCCCAAUCAGAAACUGCUUGUAGCUUCCUCUCACCCUGUUGGCCGAAUCGUUCAGCCAAUCCCAAAGCUGGCUGUCGCUCCCUCGACCAAAACAAGCCAAGCACGGACGAGUUAGCUCGCCUCGAUCAGAUCUUUGUCACGCGCAACGGAGGUCUGAACCAAUCACGACGAAUGUGUAAUGUAACAGUGGAGCGAAGUAGAAUGUAGAGUUAGCUUGUAGCUUGUGUGUUAUUUAAUUUGAAUGUCAGAAGUGUUGUUCAUUGAGUGAAAAGAGAGAGAAUCAAGGCAGACGCAGUGAGGCCUGACGUCCCCUUUGUAGUGCACUACUGAGAAAGGAAGCCAGGUCGCCCUACAGGCCCUAACCGAGUGAUCUGCUGACUGUGCACUGCCGCGGCCACACACACAUACGACCAGCAUUAUUGGGUCGCACACCUUCAGUUUCUUUUAAAGUCUCUCCUGCCUUCUAGACACACACACACACACACAUACUCCCCGGUGGUGAGUUUACCUCUGUUGCAGGCAUCUCUGAGCACUUUAUUGCACCGGGAAAGAGACAACAAUCCUUCGUCAGCCAGCGGCAGCCGGAAAAAAAACGUGAAAACUACGUUAGAACCUUUCUGAUAUCGUAGGUUAGAUUCCCCAAACCUUUAGAGACGCACUUUUAAAAGAUGCUAAGAGUUGUGCUCCAAAACUUGGAACAUCCUUCAAUUGGGAAAGACAUUCUCACCUCACCACCUGGAUCCACCAUUGGGAAGGCUGGGCUGGGAAUGGUUUUAACUUUUUCAAAGCUGAUACUCAAAGUCAUUUCAGCACCUGUUCCAAGGUUUUCGCAGCCUCACUGUGAAAAACGUAGAUAUGUUUUUCUGCAAGACUUCAAGUCAUUUCUCGAACGUUAAAAUGUGUUCGUCGGCUAAAUGAAAAAUCAGUUUGAAAAAAAACUUGUAUUUAAAUCAGGAACUACCUUAUCAAAGAAUGAGGAAGUGCGAUUGUGAACGUGACUCGACAGUUUUUGGGACACUGUGCUGCCGAUGCACCAUUGAAUUCUUGAGGUCUGAUACCCAACCAGAGAAAUGUGUCUUACCCCCCCCUCCCCCCCCCAUGGUGGAUUUUUUAACUUUUGGAGCAGAACUCUUUGUGUGUUGAACGCAGCAGGAGACGGGUUGUUUAAAACUAGACACGCCGAUGUGUUGAAAAGUGACACGAGUGUUAAUAGCAACUCAGUCUUCUGUCAUCUCUUUGAUGCGGUGUGAUGCAACUGUAGCUCACUGAAGUAGAAGAUUAGAACAUGCAGGUGUUUGUAUGGAUGUGAAGGAGCCCUUUGGUUUCCAGUCUUUAUGCAACAGCGCCCUCCACAGGGGCCCAACCAAACCGCAGCCAAAACUCCCGAAGCUGAAUCAACUUCACUUUGGAGCCUGAGGAGAGGAGAGAGUCAAAAGGCCCC